AUGAGCUAUAAAACUCCGGAUAAUGAUUAUAAGCCCGUCCCGGUGCUCAAAGAAUAUUUACAAAGAAAGGAGCAAGAGUUCGAUGCCCUCCUCGAUUGUCCUAUUCAUAGAGCAAGUAAAGAGAUCACAUCGCUGUUGGCUGUCUAUGAUUAUUUGACUCCCGAAGAAAUAUCUACUCGAUUGAGUCAGCUGAAGCACCAAGGUAGCCCAGAAAAUCUUCAAAAGAACAGUUCUUGGAAGAAAUUAUUGAACAAAUGCAAGUUCUGGAAGAUUUCCAAACCGGUGGGGAAGUAG